AUUUAACCCCCCGCAAAGGCCCAACCCUUGAGCCAUCCUAUCGCCCUGCCCCCACCUGCGCCAUCUGCAUCCUCCAUCUUCCUGUCUGAUACCAUCCGCCAUGCCCGAGGACCACGGAACCAUCUACAAGCCCAAGUUCAAGGACUCGUUCUCGCGGGUCUCCAACUUUGCCAUCAUCGAGUCCACUCUGCGAGAGGGCGAGCAGUUCGCCAACGCCUUCUUUGAUACCGAGACCAAGAUCAAGAUCGCCAAGGCCCUCGACGAGUUUGGCGUCGAGUACAUCGAGCUGACCUCUCCUGCUGCCUCGGAGCAGUCUCGCUCCGACUGCGAGGCGAUUUGCAAGCUUGGCUUGAAGGCCAAGAUUCUCACCCACGUCCGCUGCCACAUGGAUGAUGCCCGCAUCGCUGUCGAAACCGGUGUUGACGGACUCGACGUUGUCAUCGGCACGUCGUCCUACCUCCGCGAGUUCUCGCACGGCAAGGAUAUGGAGUACAUCACCAAGCAGGCCAUCGAGGUGAUCACCUUUGUCAAGAGCAAGGGCCUCGAGGUUCGCUUCUCGUCGGAGGACUCGUUCCGCUCUGAUCUCGUCGACCUCCUGAACAUCUACAAGACCGUCGAUCGAAUCGGCGUGGACCGUGUCGGUAUCGCCGAUACUGUCGGCUGUGCAGAUCCCCGCCAGGUCUACGAGCUCGUCAAGACCCUUCGCGGUGUUGUCUCCUGCGAUAUCGAGUGCCACUUCCACAACGACACCGGAUGCGCGAUCGCCAACGCCUACGCUGCCCUGGAGGCCGGAGCCACACAUAUCGACACCUCCGUCCUCGGCAUCGGCGAACGCAACGGCAUCACUUCCCUGGGUGGCCUUGCGGCGCGUAUGUACGCUGCCGAUCGCGAGUACGUCAUGGGCAAGUACCGCCUGGACAAGCUCCGUGAGAUCGAGAACCUGGUGGCCGAGGCUGUCCAGAUCCAGGUGCCCUUCAACAACUAUAUCACCGGCUACUGCGCCUUCACCCACAAGGCCGGUAUCCACGCCAAGGCCAUCCUGAACAACCCCAGCACCUAUGAAAUCUUGAAGCCCGAGGACUUUGGCAUGAGCCGAUACGUCUCCAUCGGACACCGUCUCACUGGAUGGAACGCUGUCAAGAACCGUGUCCAGCAGCUGUCACUGGAUCUGAACGACGCUGAGAUCAAGGCCGUCACCGCCCAGAUCAAGGAUCUCGCAGACAUCAAGCCGCUGGGCAUCGAAGAGGUUGACACGCUGCUCCGCAAGUUCCACGAGAAGGUCGUUGCCCCCGGCAGCCCGUACCGAUCCUAAACUAAACCCAAAGGGUGGCGGUGUGGUGUGUGCAUGACAAAAUGUGACCCGGUCCCCCCAACGCAAGGGUGCGAGUGGGGGGAGCUUGCUCCUCAGCCAACCCCGGGAAGAGUUGCCGAAACCUCCCAUUACUUAUCUCGAUCCCCCGAGGGCGAGCCCCAAGCACUACCCCCCAGUGCUUUCUGCUCCUCCCGCUACAUUUUCUCUCCUCGCUUUCUUAUUCUCGUAUUUAUUUGCAAUUCCUCACCCUCUAUCCUCUCCAUUCCUGCUCUCUCUCA